AUGUCAAAAGAAACAUUUGCAUUCAAUGCCGAUAUUAGGCAAUUGAUGAGUUUAAUCAUCAACACUUUCUACAGCAACAAAGAAAUUUUCUUAAGAGAACUUAUUAGCAAUGCUAGUGAUGCUCUUGACAAAAUAAGAUAUGAAUCAAUCACUGAUACUCAGAAACUCCAAGCCGAGCCUGAAUUUUUCAUUAGAAUCAUUCCAGAUAAGACCAAUAACACUUUAACUAUUGAAGAUUCUGGUAUUGGUAUGACAAAAAAUGAUUUAAUAAAUAAUUUAGGUACUAUUGCCAGAUCCGGUACUAAGGCUUUUAUGGAAGCUAUCCAAGCAAGUGGAGAUAUAUCUAUGAUUGGUCAAUUUGGUGUUGGUUUUUAUUCUGCUUACCUUGUUGCUGAUCAUGUCGUAGUUAUAUCAAAAAAUAAUGAUGACGAACAAUAUGUAUGGGAAUCCGCUGCAGGUGGUUCAUUUACUGUAACAAAAGAUGAAACCAAUGAAAAAAUUGGCAGAGGUACAAAAAUUAUAUUACACUUAAAAGAAGAUCAAUUAGAAUAUUUAGAAGAAAAGAGAAUUAAAGAUUUAGUAAAAAAACACUCCGAAUUUAUUUCUUUCCCAAUUAAAUUAUACUGUGAAAGACAAAAUGAAAAAGAAAUUACCGAAUCUGAAGAUGAAGAAGCACAAGACGGUGAAAAAAAAGAAGGUGAAGAUGCUGAAAAGAAAGAAGAUGGAGAAGACAGACCAAAAGUUGAAGAUGUCACUGAAGAAUUAGAAAAUGAAGAAAAGAAAAAGAAAGAAAAGAAAAAAAAGAAAAUCCACACUGUUGAACAUGAAUGGGAAGAAUUAAAUAAACAAAAACCAUUAUGGAUGAGAAAACCAGAAGAAGUCACUAACGAAGAAUAUGCAAGCUUCUAUAAAUCAUUAACUAAUGAUUGGGAAGAUCACUUAGCUGUUAAACAUUUCUCAGUUGAAGGACAACUUGAAUUUAAAGCUUUAUUAUUUAUUCCAAAAAGAGCACCUUUCGAUAUGUUUGAAAAUAGAAAAAAAAGAAAUAACAUUAAAUUAUAUGUACGUAGAGUUUUUAUUAUGGAUGAUUGUGAAGAAAUUAUUCCAGAAUGGCUUAACUUUGUUAAGGGUGUUGUCGAUUCAGAAGAUUUACCACUUAAUAUUUCAAGAGAAUCAUUACAACAAAAUAAAAUAUUAAAAGUUAUCAAAAAAAAUCUUAUCAAAAAAUGCUUAGAUAUGUUUGCAGAAUUAGCAGAAAACAAAGAUAACUAUAAGAAAUUUUAUGAACAAUUCAGCAAAAACUUGAAGUUAGGUAUCCACGAAGACAAUGCCAACAGAGCAAAGAUUACUGAAUUAUUAAGAUUCCAAACCUCCAAAUCCGGAGAUGAAAUGAUUGGAUUAAAAGAUUAUGUUGACAGAAUGAAAGACAACCAAAAAGACAUUUACUAUAUUACAGGAGAAUCUAUCAAUGCAGUAUCCAACUCACCAUUUUUAGAGGCAUUGACAAAGAGAGGAUUUGAAGUUAUAUAUAUGGUUGACCCAAUUGAUGAAUAUGCAGUACAACAAUUAAAAGAUUUCGAUGGUAAAAAAUUGAAAUGCUGUACUAAAGAAGGAUUAGAUAUUGAAGACUCUGAAGAAGCAAAGAAAAGCUUUGAAACUUUGAAAGCUGAAUAUGAAGGAUUAUGUAAAGUAAUUAAAGAUGUAUUACACGAAAAAGUAGAGAAAGUUGUAGUUGGACAAAGAAUUACAGAUUCUCCAUGUGUUUUAGUUACAUCUGAAUUUGGAUGGUCAGCAAAUAUGGAAAGAAUUAUGAAAGCACAAGCAUUAAGAGAUAAUUCUAUGACUAGCUAUAUGUUGUCAAAGAAAAUUAUGGAAAUCAAUGCAAGACACCCAAUUAUUACAGCCUUAAAACAAAAGGCCGAUGCAGAUAAGUCCGACAAAACCGUCAAAGAUUUAAUCUGGUUAUUAUUCGAUACAUCUCUUUUGACAUCUGGUUUUGCUCUUGAAGAACCAACCACAUUCUCAAAAAGAAUACAUAGAAUGAUUAAAUUAGGCUUAUCAAUAGAUGAAGAUGAUAAUAACGAUAUCGAAUUACCACCCCUCGAAGAAACUAUUGAAGGUGCUGAUUCAAAAAUGGAAGAAGUAGAUUAA